CUCUGCUCUCCCCUCCGCCUCCACCUUUCCAGACCAGUCCAGAUCUGCCUAUGUUCUAUUGGGGCUCAGGAACUGCCGGCUUCCCUCCUGGGCCCUGAUUCUGGGAUCAGACCUGUCGCUCACAGGGAUGGAGGGGAUUCUGCUCUGCCUGGUGUGUUCAGGAAAGAAAAAGGAGCACCAGGACCAGGGUGUGACUCCAGGAGGGUCACAGGGGGAACUCUCCCCACUUCGAGAGGCUCACUGUCCCUCCACCCGCUCAAGGAGCAGCCACCGCCCUGGGAGCCAUGUGGAGGGAAAGUAGACUCCAGCUCCUCCCCAGGUGCCUCCGUCAAGGGCAGGGUACCAAAGGUGUUGCAAGGGAUCCCAGCAGGACUGAGCCAGCCAGUGGUGGUGCAAGGAAGCCGAGAGUCAUGACCAGGCUGCUCCUGGUGCUCUGGGUGUCUCUGGUGUCUGUGGAGCUCGCCCGAGGCUUGGCGAAUAGGGUGCCAGCCGGAAACCUGAGCUGCUUCCAGUGUUUCAAGGUCCACCGACUCAACCGGUGUCAGCCCAAGGUGUGCCAGCCAGAUGAAAAAGUCUGCCACAGCAACGAGGUGCUCCUUUACACGAAUUCAAGGAGAAGAAUCCAGAUCAGCAAGCGCUGUGCUGUCCGAUGUCCCAACUCCAACAGCCAGUUUGAGUGGACACUUACCGAAGGAAUUCAGGCCAGAAUCAUCAGACGAUGCUGUUCAGAGCAUCUCUGCAACAGAGCACCCGACACCCAGGAGAGGUUCAGGGCCCUGCCAGGGAGGAUCCUGCUGCCAAUGGGUCUGGGCCUCUUCGGCACCCUGUUGUGAGGACCAUUGCCCUGUGACACCCCCUCCACCCACGUAGCACCUCUUGUCUUCUCCCUCUAAUGGCUAUCCCACCUCCAUCCAUUCCAGGACUUGCAAGGUGGAAGGGACACCAUGCCCUUUGCUCAGGACCCAGCAGUCUGCUCCUCCCCGACAUCUUGACUCAGGCCGUGGAAAUAAAGCCCUGCUGUUCCUCAUGAAGACAGACAAGGGGGGAAUUUCUAAUGCAGGCCAUGGGCUUCUUUGAGAAAGAAAAGAAAAGAAAAGGAAAAAAAGUAUUAUAACUCUCUCACACACACCUCAUUAAAAAAAAGUUUCCUUUUGCAAUAUAUGGAGACUGCCACAAAGAUUCAAAAUUGAUCAAAAGGCAGAGAUUAUGUGACCAUGGGGUGUCUAACGCCAUCUGAUACAUCUGUAACACAAUCCCUACACCUAAGGCUCAGGAAACGUCACAGAAGACAUGUGAAAAGAUUCUAAGAGCUGGAGGACUAGGAUGCCUGCUGCACAAAAGUGUCCUCUAGUCAGGGAACCUCAACCAUGAACUCUCAACUAUUGGGUUGUCUGAACAAUACCAACAUCACGACUCCAGUUGUCACACUAAUGUGGACAAGGGAAAUUUCUCCAGGCCCUCUCUCUAGAUAAAGAGCUGGAGGUGGUCAAUGGCUGCUGAGAGAAGGAGAAUCAGUCUUCCCC